UUGUCAAAUACUUUUUCACCUCAAGCUAGCUUGUAUCUUCUUCUUCUAUUUAGAUAAAUUGCCAUUGUCAUCACGUCAUCAUCUCUAAUCUGCAAGUUCUCGUUAACUUGGGAAUUGAAUCGACAUUUUUCUAAUCCGCGGUCUGCAGAUUAGUUGUUGGUUUAAAAAGUAAAUCAGAAAGACUUCACAAUCAAAACCAAAAUCCAUUCCAUCAGCUUUUGAGUAGAGUUAAUUUUAGUUAACUUGUUACUUUAUAACCAAUCAUCUACUCAGAUAUGGUGAUGGAGAAGGAUUGUACAAAACCAUCUCUUCGGUUCACCCUCUAUAAUUGCAUGCUCUCCAUCAGCUAACAAAUCUAUCCUUCAGUCGGAUCAAGUCUUUGCAAUGGGUUGGCCUGGCACUAAAAUUACAGGCAACAAAUUCCUCAUCGCCCUUGAAGGAUCAUCACAUGCAAGGAUUAGAGGCUUGGUUGUAAAGGCCCUCAAUCAACCUGAUGCUCUCCGUAGGAUAGCUAUCAUGGUCCAACCAGGCAUAGUUGCAGCCCUGCAACAAUGGUCAAAAGAAGGAAGAGUAGUCGUAUUCAAUAAAGCUAAGAAGGUUACUUUUGAGAACAUUGGGAAGUACUUUUGCGGGUUGGAGCCAGGACCCCAUCUUGAUACACUUGAUCACCUAUUUGCGGGUAUCACGAGUGCACAAAUUAAUAUUCCAGGAACUGCUUAUCAUCAUGCCCUCCAGUGUCGGAAGAAAGCCAACACAUUUUUUGCAGAUGUAAUAAACAAGAGAAAGUAUGAAGGGGAUGCUGCAAGAGCUGAGUAUGAUUUGUUGGAUCAACUCUUGCAUCUAAAAGAUGACGAUGGUAAGCAACUGCAAGAUACAGAGGUGCUUGACAACAUCGUAGGCCUCAUAAUUGCUGGCUAUGAAUCUACUUCCCUUUCAAUUAUGUGGGCUGUGUAUUAUCUCGCAAAGUACCCAAAUGUACUUAAAAAACUACAGGAGGAGCACAAGAAUCUUGGUAGGAAUGGUGAUUUCAUCACACGCGAUGACAUUGUAAACUUGCAGUACACAAAUAAGGUUGUGGAAGAAACAAUAAGACUAGCCCAUAUUUCACCAUUUCUUUUCCGAACAGCUAAAAAGGAUUUUGAGUACAAAGGUUACAAAAUACCUAAAGGAUGGAAAGUGAUCUGCUGGCUACGAUACGUUCAUGCCGAUCCAAAAAAUUUUGAAGAUCCGUUAAGUUUCAAUCCAGAUAGGUGGAAUGGAAAACCAAAGCCUUGGACAAACUUGAUCUUUGGAGGGGGACCAAGGAUAUGUCCAGGAAAUAUGCUUGGUCGAAUGCAAAUUGCCAUUUUCAUCCACCAUUUGGUCGUAGGGUACAGGUGGGAACUGGUCAAUGCUGAUGCAGGAAUGAGUUAUUUGCCGCUCCCACGACCAAUUGAUGGGGUUGAGAUCAACAUAACCACAAUCUAAUCAAGAAUGAAGACCCUUUCAAAGAUUUCAGGCCUGAAAAUACUAUUUAUUCGUUGAGCAUGUGGCUAGAAGGCUCUAUGACAUACAUUAUGCUGUAACAAACUUCCAUCUUGGCCUCUACUUCUAUUAGGAGGAUGCGGUUUAUCACUUGGUCACAUAAAGUCUAUGGCGGGCUAUUUCCAAAACUUAUACACGUCUCUAUGACAGAUUUGUCUUAUUGCACCACUUCAAUGUAUUUGUUGGAGUCAGUAACAUCGGAAGAAAAAGGAGCAAGAC